UUUUGUCGCAAACUCCGAGUUGACCCCAAUGUUUUCAUUGAACUUGUCAAUAAAAUCACCCACUAUCCAGUUUUCUACAAUAAUUCUAACAACACACAAUUACCUGUUCCUGUUCAGCUGGCAAUUUUUUUGAAUGGUGCCGGCCACUACAGAAACACAGCAACAGCUGAAGAUAUGGGUGACUGGGCAGGUGUUUCAGUCGGGACAGUGUAUAACUGCUACCGGCGUGUUAUGAUUGCAAUCUUGCAGCACCACGACAAUGUUAUUCACUUUGACCCACUGGAGGCUAAAGACCAAAUUGAGAUAGAUUGUGCGAAGGACUGGGUAGAAGAGCAUACAUGUUCGGAAUGGUGUGGUGGAUUUUUGUGUGUUGACAGCACACCCUUCAAUGUUCACCAGAAGCCGGGAUGGCACAGAGAAGGUUUCUUUGACUGA